ACGUGGUUUAUAGCGCUAGCGCAGAGACCGGCUUUCGCUGCCGCUGGAGCCAGCUGCAGUGCGAAAACGUCAAGUGCACUGAGUAGAGCUAGUCUGUUGUGACUGCACCAUAGAAUCAUGUCAAGCAUGAAGGCCGGAUUCCGUUUUGCGAUAGACCGGGGAGGAACAUUCACCGACAUCUAUGCUCGAUGCCCCAGUGGACGGACCAGGGUCAUGAAACUACUCUCAGAAGAUCCCAGCAACUACCCAGAUGCACCCAGGGAAGGAAUACGCCGCAUACUACAGCAGGAGACGGGUCAGUUGAUGUCACCUAACCAGCCGCUAGACACAUCCCAGAUUGAGUGGAUUCGCAUGGGUACCACCGUAGCAACCAAUUCUCUGCUGGAGAGAAAGGGGGAACGCAUGGCUCUUGUCAUUAACAAGGGCUUAAAAGAUGCCUUAUACAUCGGCAACCAGUCCAGGCCCAAAAUCUUUGACUUGGAGAUUGUGACCCCUGACAUGCUGUAUGAAGAAGUGGUGGAAGUAUCCGUCAGAGUCAUCCUGCAACAAGAGAGUUGUAGGUUGCCUAAGCAGCAGAACCUGGAGGUUGUGACUGGGUCAACCGGUGAAAAGCUUGAGGUGUGUGAAAAGAUUGAUAAAGAUAGGCUCAGAGCUGACUUACAGAAGGUUCUAGACAAAGGCAUCCGGAGCCUGGCUGUUGUACUCAUGCAUGCUUAUACCUUUGAUAGGCACGAGCAGGAGAUUAGGGAGAUAGCCAAGCAGAUGGGCUUCAGUCAUAUAUCACUAUCCAGUGCCGUCAUGCCCAUGGUUAGAUUGGUACCCAGAGGGUAUACAGCCUGUGCCGAUGCCUACCUGACACCCUGCAUCAAGACCUACGUAUCAAGCUUUUCAGGGGGUUUCCAGGACAAUCUACGAGGCAAGAGGGUGCUGGUCAUGCAGUCGGAUGGUGGGCUCACCCCCAUGGAAAAGUUCAAUGGCUCCCGUGCCAUUCUGUCCGGACCAGCCGGGGGCGUGGUUGGCUAUGCUGUCACAACGUACAAGAAGGAAACAGACCUGCCCGUCAUAGGAUUUGACAUGGGAGGUACGUCCACUGAUGUCAGCCGCUAUGCUGGGGAAUAUGAGCACGUCUUUGAGACAACCACGGCAGGAGUUACGAUUCAAGCGCCCCAGCUGGACAUCAACACAGUGGCUGCGGGCGGGGGAUCUCGGCUCUUUUUCCGCUCUGGGCUGUUUGUGGUCGGUCCUGAGUCAGCCGGGGCCCAUCCAGGGCCAGCCUGCUAUCGCAAAGGUGGUCCCCUGUGUGUGACGGAUGCCAACCUGGUUCUCGGACGUCUACGGCCGGAGUUCUUUCCCAGUAUAUUCGGCAAGACGGAGGACCAGCCGUUGGACAUGGAUGCGUCUGUCAACGCCUUUAUGAAGCUCACUCAAGAGGUGAAUGAAUUUUUAGCCGGUCAACCUGAGGGAACCAAGAAGGAUCCAAUGAGCAUGGAGGAAGUGGCCAUGGGAUUCAUCAAUGUUGCCAACGAGACCAUGUGCCGACCAAUUAGGGCCCUGACUCAGGCCAAGGGUCACGACACCUCACGCCACGUGCUGGCCUGCUUUGGCGGAGCUGGAGGGCAACAUGCUUGCGCCAUAGCAAGGUCAUUGGGCAUGUCAACUGUCUUCAUCCACAGAUAUUCAGGUAUCCUGUCAGCCUACGGCAUGGCUCUAGCAGACGUAGUGCACGAGGCCCAGGAACCCUGUGCUUGGAGGUACGAAGCCGGCACCCUGGCUAACAUUGACCUCAGGAUUGAUGAGCUGACCAGGCAGUGUGUCCAAGAGCUGCAGGAACAGGGAUUUGAAAGAUCCGAGAUUGAAACGGAGCCCUACCUGCAUCUGCGCUACGACAGAACGGAUUGCGCCCUCAUGUGUUCGGCCACUGGCUAUCCAGCCAGUGAGACAUCCUGUCGCCAUGGGGAUUUCGAGUUGGCAUUCAGCACAAGGUACAAGCGUGAGUUUGGCUUCACCAUUCCGGGCCGGCCCAUCAUCGUGGACGACAUCAGAGUACGCGGUGUCGGUAAGACCAACAUCACCGAUGACAGACAUCUCAGACCCAGCAACCAGAAUCCCAAGUUCCAAGUAAUUACCAAAUGCUACUUUAAAUCCAAGUACUGGGACACCAGGCUUUAUCUCCUCGACGACCUGUCAUGUGACCACGUCAUCAAGGGCCCCGCCAUCUUGAUUGAAAAGAACAGCACCAUAGUGGUGGAGCCAAACUGCGAGGCACGGAUAACUGAGCAUGGUGACAUCAAAAUCCAGGUUGGUAGCGAUGAAACGAAAGCCCUAGGCACUGAACUAGACACCAUUCAGCUGUCUAUCUUCUCCCACCGCUUCAUGAGCACCGCAGAGCAGAUGGGCCGCAUCCUGCAAAGGACGGCCAUAUCCACCAACAUCAAGGAGAGACUGGACUUUUCCUGUGCAAUGUUUGGGUUUGACGGCGGUCUGGUAGCCAACGCCCCUCACAUACCUGUCCACCUUGGUGCAAUGCAGGAGACAGUUCAGUACCAGAUGGGAGUCCUGGGUGAUGAUUUGAAAGAAGGCGAUAUGAUCCUGACCAAUCAUCCAUGUGCUGGAGGAAGUCACCUACCCGAUUUGACAGUCAUCACUCCAGUCUUCUACCCAGGCACCCCUAAGCCUGUCUUUUUUGUGGCCAGUCGAGGGCACCAUGCUGACAUUGGUGGCAUUGUUCCUGGCUCCAUGCCGCCCAACUCUAAGCACCUGAGGGAGGAAGGGGCCGUGUUUGAGACCUUCAAGCUGGUUGAAGACGGUAUCUUCCAAGAAGAGGCCCUGAUAGAAGCCCUCAUGGCGCCGGGUAAGGUACCAGGGAGCAGCGGCACCAGGAAUCUCCAUGACAACCUGUCUGACCUCAGGGCACAGGUUGCAGCCAAUCAGAAGGGUAUUAUUCUGAUCAAGGAACUGAUUGACUACUACGGGCUGGACGUUGUCAUGGCCUACAUGGGCCACAUUCAGACCAAUGCCGAGAUUGCCGUCCGCGAGAUGCUGAGAGAAAUUGGCCGGAACACCAUGGAGAAGAUGGGCACCACGCGACUGUCAGCCCAAGAUCAACUGGAUGACGGCACACCCAUUGUCCUGACCAUUGACAUCAACAUUGAAGAGGGCACCGCAUAUUUUGACUUCACGGGUACCGGCUACGAAGUCUACGGUAACCUGAAUGCACCUAAGGCCAUCACCAAGUCAGCAAUCAUCUACUGCCUCCGAUGCAUGAUUGGUCACGAUGUUCCCCUGAACCAGGGUUGUCUGAAGCCAAUCCAGUUGCACGUUCCAAAGGGAUGCAUUCUGGACCCCUCACAUGAUGCUGCAGUGAUCGGGGGUAAUGUCCUGACAUGCCAACGCGUAGUUGAUGUCAUCUUGAAAGCAUUUGGGGUGUGCGCUGCAUCUCAGGUAAGGCACAGUCACACUAGGCUAGGUGACUUUAACCCUUGCACAGGAUUCUGGACCCUUACCUCAGGAUCAGGGUCUGGCCCUACUUGGGAUGGUCAGAGUGGUGUGCACACUCACAUGACAAACACCAGAAUUACUGACCCAGAGAUACUGGAAAGAAGAUAUCCGGUGGUUCUCAAGAGAUUUGAGCUGAACCCCAACACGGGUGGGCGGGGACAGUACAGGGGUGGAGAUGGGGUCAUCAGAGAAAUGACAUUCCGGCGACCUCUGACGGUGUCAGUAUUGACUGAAAGGAGGGCGCUAAGGCCAUAUGGCCUGAAUGGUGGUGAGCCUGGCCAAUCGGGUAGGAACCUGUUCGUCUAUGCAGAUGGUCGUAUUGUAAACCUAGGAGCCAAAACAGCCAUCGAUGUGUCUGCUGGAGACUCCUUGUGUUUGUGUUCCCCUGGGGGUGGGGGAUACGGCACACCCUCUGAGGAGGAUGGUGAGGUGGACUACAAUGUCCUGCCCUCCAAGCGGAGACGCUACAACAAGUCGGCCAGUCAACUUUAUUCAGAGAAAGGGAGUGUCCAUGCAUAUCGCUUGGCCCAGGAGCAAGUCUAAAUAAAACCAGCAAUGAAAGUUCCUGUUUUCCAGCAUUCUUAGUCUCUGGAAGUUAUGAAGCAAUCACUUAUUAAGCUUUCUUCGGCACCAGGAAUGGCAUCAAAUCUCGGUUGUUAUCACAGUUUUACUUUUUUCAUGGGUAAUUUUGACAUCAGCAUUAAAGUUAGUUUGCUUGAAAUUGACGCUGAUGUUGGUGCAACCACAACGUUUACUCCUAAUAUCAUUAUAUUAAGUCACGUAAUUCAAUAUCAAUCGCUUAAACUUCCAUUCCUAUUGACAGUGUGUUAGAGAAUAAAAUGAUUCCACUAGUCCUAGACUAGACAACCAUGUCGAAAAGUAGCUUUCAAAGCCGUGGAUAUACAUGUCUGUAAUAAGACAUACAUUACAUCCAUAUUUCAUUUGAGAAGUGAAGUACGUCAAUUGCACCCAUGUAUGCAAAUGAGCAAAGACUGGAAGAUGGCCAACCCAUCAGUCUCAGUAGCAGGAUAGCAUGGCACCAGUGCAGUCAGGGUACUACACAACUAGUCCAUAAAAUUGUGCUGGUAUCAAAGACUUUCAGACACAUACCAUCCAAUGUUGGUGCAUUAGAAAGAGCUUGUCCUAAAAUCUGGAGUUCAUUGGCUCUAAAUGACUGUGACAAAAGGUAGUUGUAGUCUGUCAGAGUAUAUCUGCUAAAGGGUAGUUCCACGCAAAAGUAGACAUUUGGUCUCAGUGUAGCCAACCUCAUUAACCACUUCCUGCCUGGGAUUCCGGAUCCGGACACGUAUGCUUU